ACCAGAGUCGUGAGAGCGGGGCCAUGGAGCAGUACUUCUCGGCCACCCAGAAGAUGGAGCAGGAGGUGAUGUUCCCCAGCCUGCUCCGAGGGGUCUUCCCGCAGCAGGAGGGGGCGGCCCCGGACGAGAGCGGCCACACGGACCUCUACGAGCGCUACCAGCUCCUCAAGGCCAUCAAGCCCGUGGUGGAGAAAGGCCUGGCCUCUGUCAACGACCAGAGCCAGACCAGCACCGACACCGAUGCGUCCUCGGACGACAGUGACACCAUGGACGCCCAGCUGGAGGAGCGCCUGUCCCACCACCUGGCCGGCUUGCAGCAGGUCCUCACCCACCUCACCAGGGACACCAAUGCCCUCACCCGGAGGUACAGCCAGAUCCUGGAGCAGAUCAGCCCCAGCGAGGGGCAGCCCAGCUGGUGA